AUGAACUUUGCCCAUUCAUCCCAGAACCUGCGGCGGGCCUCGCACCACGACUGUCCUGACAACUGUGGCGGGCCUCACCCACCAGUCCCAGCACCCGUGGCGGGUCUCGCCCGCCAGUCCCGGCACAAAUGGCGGGCCUCACCAGUCAGCCCAGGCACCAGUGGCGGGCCUCACCAGCCCACCCUGGCACAAAUGGCGGGCCUCACCCGCCCGUUUGGGGAACUAUCACAGGCCUCGCCCUCCUAUCCUGGAACGGACGCCUGCCCGCCCGUCCCGGGACCAGCGGCGGACGCCUGCCCGCCAGUCCCAGGACGGGCGGGCAGCCGUCCGCCCAGCGUACCGGGACGGUCGGGCAGGCAUCCGCCGAGAGCCCCGCGACGGGCGGGCAGGGCGUCCGCCGAGCGUCCCGGCGGGACAGGCGGGCAGCCGUCCGCCGCGGGACGCUCGGCGGAUGCCUUCCUGCCCGUCCCGGGACCGCGGCUGGUCGCCCUGCCCGCCCCCCGUCCCGGGACGCUCGGCGGACGCCUGCCCGGCCCUCCCGGGAGCCGGGCGGACGCCUGCCCGCCCGUUCCGGGACCCGCGGGAGGGACGCCUGCCCGCCCGUCCCGGGACACUCGGCGGACGCCCUUGCCCGCCCGUCCCGGGACCCGCCGGCAGAGCUGCCCGCGCCCCGGGACGCUCGCGGAACGCCUGCCCGCCCGUCCCGGUACCCGCGGCGGACGGACCUGCCCUGCCCGUCCCGGGACCGCUCCCGGCGGACCACUACCGCCCGUCCCGGGACCCGCGGCGGACGCCUGCCCCCCCGCCCCGUUCCCCGGGAACACCCUCGGCGGUAACCAACCUUCCCGCCCGGUGGACACCUGCCCCCCGCCCGUCCCCGGGAACCCGCGCCCGGGACCGCCCUUGCCCGGCCCGUCCCCCGGACCCGCGCGACGCCUGCCCGCCCUGUUCCCGGGACCCCGCGGCGGACGCCUGCCCGCCCGUCCCGGACCUCGGCGGACGGCCUGCCCGCCCCCGUCCCGGGGACCGCUCGGCCCGGACGCCCAGCCCGGCCCUUCCCGGGAACGCUGCGCGGACGCCUGCCCGCCCGUCCCCGUGGGACGCUCGUCGGACGCCCGGGACCGUUGGGACACCUGCCCGCCCGGGUACGCUCGGCGGACCCUGCCCGCCCGUCCCGGACGCUUGGCGGACGCCUGCCCGCCCGUCCCGGGGACGCUCGGCGGACGCCUGCCCGCCCGUCCCGGGACGCUCGGCGGGACGCCUGCCCGACCGUCCAGGGACGCUCGGCGGACGCCUGCCCGCCCUUCAAUUUCCUUCAAGGAUUAA